CUGCUCAGAGCGCGGGACGCAGGAGCGCGGGGCUCGCGCGCAGCGGGGAUCGCGCCGGCCGGGCGUGAGUGCCGCGGGCCGGGCAUGAACGCCGAGGGCCGGGCGCCGCCUCCGCCGCGCGCCGGGCCUUGACCGGGCAGAGUCAUGGACUGCAGCCGGGCGCGGGCGCUCGUGCGCCGCUUCUGCGCCGGGGAGGAGGACUGGGUAGACAGCCGCACCAUCUACGUGGGACAUAAGGAACCCCCGCCGGGCGCCGAGGCCUACAUCCCGCAGAGAUACCCGGACAACAGGAUCGUCUCCUCCAAGUACACAUUUUGGAACUUCAUACCUAAGAACUUAUUUGAACAAUUCAGAAGAAUUGCCAACUUCUAUUUUCUCAUCAUAUUUCUUGUACAGCUCAUCAUUGACACACCCACGAGCCCAGUGACCAGUGGCCUCCCGCUCUUCUUCGUCAUCACCGUCACGGCCAUCAAGCAGGGCUACGAAGACUGGCUGCGCCACAAGGCGGACAACGCCAUGAACCAGUGCCCCGUGCACUUCAUCCAGCAUGGCAAGCUAGUGCGCAAGCAGAGCCGCAAGCUGAGGGUUGGGGACAUCGUCAUGGUCAAGGAGAAUGAGACCUUUCCCUGUGACUUGAUCUUCCUGUCCAGUAACCGGGGCGAUGGCACCUGUCACGUGACCACUGCCAGCUUGGACGGGGAGUCAAGCCAUAAAACUCACUAUGCCAUCCAGGACACCAAGGGCUUCCAUACUGAGGAGGAUAUCGAUGCCCUGCACGCCACCAUUGAGUGCGAGCAGCCGCAGCCUGACCUCUACAAGUUUGUUGGACGCAUCAAUGUUUACAGCAACCUCAGCGACCCCGUGGUGAGGCCACUGGGGUCUGAGAACCUGCUGCUGAGAGGAGCCACCCUCAAGAACACAGAGAGGAUCUUCGGGGUGGCCAUCUACACAGGCAUGGAGACCAAAAUGGCCUUGAACUACCAGUCCAAGUCCCAGAAACGAUCUGCUGUGGAGAAGUCCAUGAACGUGUUCCUCGUCGUGUACCUCUGCAUCCUCAUCAGCAAGGCGUUGGUCAACACCGUUCUCAAGUACGUGUGGCAGAGCGAGCCCUUCCGUGACGAGCCUUGGUACAACCAGAAGACCGAGUCGGAAAGGCAGAGGAACCUGUUUCUCAGAGCCUUCACUGACUUCCUGGCCUUCAUGGUCCUGUUUAACUACAUCAUCCCCGUGUCCAUGUAUGUCACCGUGGAGAUGCAGAAGUUCCUGGGCUCCUAUUUCAUCACCUGGGAUGAGGACAUGUUCGAUGAGGAGACUGGGGAGGGGCCACUGGUCAACACGUCCGACCUGAAUGAGGAGCUGGGUCAGGUGGAGUACAUCUUCACUGACAAGACGGGCACCCUCACUGAGAACAACAUGGCCUUCAAGGAGUGCUGCAUCGAGGGCCACGUCUAUGUGCCCCAUGUCAUCUGCAACGGACAGGUGCUGCCCGACUCUUCAGGCAUCGACAUGAUUGACUCAUCCCCAGGUGUCAGCAGCAGGGAGCGUGAGGAGCUCUUCUUCCGGGCUCUGUGUCUCUGCCAUACCGUCCAGGUGAAGGAUGAGGACCACGUAGAUGGCCCCAGGAAGUCGCCAGACUCGGGGAAAUCCUGCAUAUACAUCUCGUCCUCGCCUGACGAGGUGGCACUGGUGGAGGGGGUGCAGAGGCUGGGCUUCACAUACCUGCGGCUGAAGGACAGCUACAUGGAGAUCCUGAACAGGAACGGCGACAUUGAGAGGUUCGAGUUGCUGGAAGUCCUGAGUUUCGACUCCGUGAGGAGGCGGAUGAGUGUCAUCGUCAGGUCAACUGCAGGGGAGAUCUAUCUGUUCUGCAAAGGGGCAGAUUCCUCCAUCUUCCCACGGGUGAUUGAAGGCAAAGUGGACCAGAUCCGGUCCCGUGUGGAGCGCAACGCUGUGGAGGGGCUCCGCACACUGUGUGUGGCCUACAAGAGGCUCAUCCCCGAGGAGUAUGAGGGUGUUUGCGGGCUGCUGCAGGCUGCCAAGGUGGCGCUCCAGGACCGGGAGAAGAAACUGGCUGAGGCCUACGAGCAGAUAGAGAAGGACCUCAUUCUGCUUGGCGCCACAGCCGUGGAGGACCGGCUCCAGGAGAAAGCCGCGGACACCAUUGAGGCACUGCAGAAAGCAGGCAUCAAAGUCUGGGUCCUCACGGGAGACAAGAUGGAGACUGCAGCGGCCACCUGCUAUGCCUGCAGGCUCUUCCGCAGGGGCACGCAGCUGCUGGAGCUGACCACCAAGAGGAUCGAGGAGCAGAGCCUGCACGAUGUGCUCUUCGAGCUCAGCAAGACUGUGCUGCGCUGCAGCGGAAGCCUCACCAGGGACCACUUCUCAGGGCUUUCCACAGACAUGCACGACUAUGGGCUCAUCAUCGAUGGAGCUGCGCUGUCCUUGAUCAUGAAGCCCCGUGAAGAUGGGAGCUCUGCCAACUACCGAGAGCUCUUCCUGGACAUCUGCCGGAACUGCAGCGCUGUACUGUGCUGCCGGAUGGCACCCCUGCAGAAGGCCCAGAUCGUUAAGUUAAUCAAAUUUUCCAAAGAGCACCCGAUCACACUAGCCAUCGGUGAUGGCGCAAAUGACGUCAGCAUGAUCCUAGAGGCCCACGUGGGCAUUGGUGUCAUUGGGAAGGAGGGCCGGCAGGCCGCCAGGAACAGUGACUAUGCAAUCCCGAAGUUCAAGCACUUGAAGAAGAUGCUGCUUGUGCACGGGCAUUUUUAUUACAUUCGGAUAUCCGAGUUGGUGCAAUACUUCUUUUAUAAGAAUGUCUGCUUCAUUUUCCCCCAGUUUUUGUACCAGUUCUUCUGCGGGUUUUCACAACAGACUUUGUACGACACUGCAUACCUGACCCUCUACAACAUCAGCUUCACCUCCCUCCCGAUCCUGCUCUACAGCCUGAUGGAGCAGCAUGUGGGUGUGGAUGUACUCAAGAGGGACCCGUCCCUGUACAGGGACAUUGCCAAGAACGCGCUGCUCCGCUGGCGAGUGUUCAUCUACUGGACGUUCCUGGGGGUGUUCGACGCCCUGGUCUUCUUCUUUGGUGCUUAUUUCAUGUUUGAAAACACGACCGUGACCAGCAAUGGGCAGAUAAUGACCACCAACUCACACAUGAUGUUUGGGAACUGGACCUUCGGGACACUGGUGUUUACUGUGAUGGUAUUCACGGUCACACUGAAGCUCGCUCUGGACACACACUACUGGACGUGGAUAAACCACUUCGUCAUUUGGGGGUCGCUGCUCUUCUACGUUGUCUUCUCCCUACUCUGGGGAGGAAUCAUCUGGCCGUUCCUCAGCUACCAGCGGAUGUACUAUGUGUUCAUCCACAUGCUGUCCUGUGGGCCCGCCUGGCUCGGCAUCCUCUUGCUCAUCACCGUCAGCCUCCUGCCCGACAUCCUCAAGAAGGUCCUGUGCAGGCAGCUGUGGCCCACGGCGACAGAGAGAACCCAGAACACACACUGUCCAGACAGCAGUCCAGAGCUCGCCCCCGCUGCCUCUCUGCAGAGCCCAGGUGCUCUGGGCCCCAGGCCCACAGCCGCACUACGUGAUGCCCCAACCAGGAAGGUGCCGUGCGUGCUCUGGAGGAGUGAGGAGUACGCUGUGCUCCUGCCAACCCGGGCCUCACCUGUCACUGUCACAGUCCCUGCAUUCUGUCGGGACGCGCCCACGUAAUAGGGUACCCGGGGCAGACCUGGGGUGUGUAUGUGUCUGCCUGCCUUGUCUGUGGGGAGGCAAGGAUGGGUCACUCUGCUAUGAUCCCUGCUGGCCUCUCCUGGGCUCUGGUGUGGGACCUUCAGCCUGGUCCGCCCACUAUCCUCCACAUCUGCUGUGACUGCACAGAAAAGCCUAUUCCUGGCCACAGGACCAGUGACCUGCCCAGGGACCAUCCCACCCAUGGUCCACCUCGAUGACCACUGUGCCCUGCUCACAGUGCCCUGCUGCACCACCUCCUGCAGAGCUGCCACACUGCAAUCUGGGCAGCCAGCACCUUGGAUCCUCGAUACAUCUGUCCCUGGUCUACAGCCUUACUCUGCCAUGCACACGGUCCCUUUUAGGGAUCCUUUGGCCUGCUGAGCAGAGGCUGUCCUUGCAUGCUGGGGCCUUAGAGGGCUGGAGUCCCCUCUCACAUCACCUGCUGCCCUGUGGAGAGAAACUGUGUCCACGGCAGGCAGGCCUCAGCAGGAUCCUUGUGAUGUGCAGGACAGAUGUCAGCUCAUCUGCCUGGGGAGUGUUCGUUCCUCAGGCGCUGGGGCCUGUGAGGCACUCAGGCAGAUCUUUGGCAGUAGUGAGAUGGGCUCUGUCCCCACUGAGAGGUGGUCAGCCCCUCAGAGCCUGUCUCAGGCUGAUGUGGGCCCCAGUGCCACACACAGUCCACUGCUCAGCCACCUCGCCGUGUAAGCCCCCUGCAGGUGUUCAUGGGUCUGUCCUGGCAUAGGUUUGGCCAGGUCUUCUCUGAGGUGGACAAGCCAUUAGAAGCUGCUGCACUGUGACUGUCACCCCAGUCUGUAUUCCCAGAAGGAUCUGCAUGGUGUAGCCUUAGAGAUCACAGCACAGGGAAGAUGUUUCACUUCCAGGUUCCAAGCCUCUGCCAGCAACCGGAGAAGCCAGCGCUGCACUGCCAUGACCGGCCAGGCGGCCUGGUGUGCUCCCAGGAUGGCAUCUAGAGCAGAUAGCUGGAGAUGCAGUUCCCGAGUCCGGCUGUAUCCCUCCUGACCUGCAGUCAUGAUGCGGACCCAGGAUGGAUUAGCAGCGAGCAUGGGGUGGGGCAAGGGGGGAGUGUGAGCAUAGAACCAAAGACGGGGUCUUGUCUGACGGGGUCAUGUCUGGCUGAGAAGAGGCAGCAGAGAACGCUGCUCGUGCAGGCCGCAUCUGCAUUGCCACCCGUCCCUCGUGCCGCCCACCUGGCUGCCGGCCCACAGUGCUCCCCACCCCCACACAGACCUUUCCUCCGUCGGGCUGCGCUGACCUGCAGACAGCAGUGCGUUUUUACAGCCCUUUUUAAGAACCCAAAGUGGGUACAAAUGUAAAACCUGAAGGGGGACAGAUCCUCUGUAUGUUUAGUUAACAAAUUCUUUGUAAUGUAUUUUUUUAGAAAUCUUAAAAUUGCCUUUGCACUGAAGUAUUUUCAUAGCUGUUUAUAUCUCUUUUAUCCAUUUAUUUGCUAACAUAUCAUCUAAUUUAUAAAGUAUGUUUUUAAAGCUUUCAUUUUUUGAGUUUAUGAAAUUCUGGCCACUUUGCAUUUAAAUUCCAGGAGAAUUUGGCCGCGGCUGAGGAAUGUUAGGUUUCAGGUCCCGUUGUCUUCUCCACACCUCCUUAUCCCGGUGGCAGUGAGGGCGCAGUGGAAGCAGUGCUUUGCUCUGCUCCUCGGCAGUGUCGUCUGCUCUUCGUUCUUGCUUUCAUGCCCACCCUCAGCCUUCACGCUCACUCAGGCACCUGGUGGGGUCGGUCCCCACACCUCUGUGAUGCCAGCCUUCGUAUGAAGGCACCAGGUGUGCUCCACUCCACAGCGCCAGCUCAGAAGCUGCCCGGAACUUGUUAAACAUGUGUGCCUGGCCCUCAGAAUGGACGAAGGGAACGGGGUAAACAGCAGGAGAAAACCCAGAGGCCCUUUCAGACGAGGUGAGCAUGCCCCUCUGUGGGGGCAGUGACUGUCUGCUAGCCUUAGACUAACUUCAGAGCAGAUGGGUCCGCCGGAAGCCUCGUCCCAGGCUGGGAACCUCAUCUGUGGCUGCAGUGUGCAAAGCUGGCCAGCUGUGGCUCCUCAUGGUUUCUGAUGAUACAUGGCUCCUGUUUUUCACUGUCCCUCACUCACACCAGUGUCCUGGCCGUGUGUGUCCCCGCUCCCUGCUCACUGGUAGCCGCUAUGUGCAAGCUUGCAUGCACUAGUGCACACGUCCCACAAACACACGUGCCCUCCCACACUCCAUACACCCUGCCUCCUUCCCCAGCCCCUACGUGAAGCUCUGGGCAGGCUGGGCUGAUAAGGCCUCUGCGCACACACGCACACUUGCACCCACAUCCUUUGAAGGAGAUGUGGCCGCACUUGCACAAGGGCUUUGAAAGAUACAGCAGAACCUUGACCAGGCACCCCUGUCCCAGGAAUUCAGCACCCCAGGCAGACCUGCCUUCUUCCCAGGCCUCUGCCAAGCCACAUAACAGCCAGGAAAUGGGCAGAGCCCUGCCACCGGGCACUGCACAGUCUACAGAGCCACCCCCUCACGGCCUGAGCCAGGCGGAACAGGGCCGGCGGCAGGAGACAGGCCGUGUGUGACAGAUUCCAGCAGCCCCUGGGGUCACCCCUUGUCCUGCGUGGUCACCAGCCUGGCCCUUGGAAUGCCAGGCUCAUGUGGCCACAUUGACUGGUAUCGAACUCACACAACCACUUUUAUUUCACCAUAAUAUUAUUUAUUGAUAGCACAGUGUAACAGUUGGUCCUCGCAUUCUAUACUUCCUUUGGAAGUUACUAUAAUUUUAAAAACCAGAAACAAUACCAGUUGGCGAAUGCAAUCUUUUUAUUUAUUUUUUUAGCUAGGGGGUAGGUGAACAGGAAUGAAAACCAUUGAUAGAGUGUCUAUAAACAAAGCUUUACUAAAGAUGUGUUGGAAGCGUUAUGAAAGUCUUACUCUACUUUUGCAGAAAAAAAUCUAAAGAUCAAUUUAUAUAGCUUUAUUUUUUAUCUUAUCAGGAUAUACAGAAUUUUAAUAUGCAUAUAUCAUCUCUGACUUAAAAUUAUGAUGUGUGUCUGCAUUACCAUCUAAAAUGUCCAUUCAUUAUGUAAUGUACUCAAGAGAGACUUUGAAAAUGUAUUUCACAGAUUGGUCACCACCAUAAACACUGGAGUUUAUUUUUAAAUUAUUAAGUAGAGUAGGUGCAUUUAACAUAAAUCAUUCUCCAACAGUGAUGAUUCAUUAACCUGCUUUAAGACAUUAAAUUGUGAAUUAAACCAAAUGAAACAUUUCUGUAAAGUUUA